AUGGCCAGAGCUUCCGUCCUAGCUGAUGCAUUGAACUCUAUCAACAACGCCGAGAAAACCGGCAAGCGCCAGGUUCUGAUUAGACCCUCCUCUAAGGUCAUCAUCAAGUACUUGCAAGUUAUGCAAAAGCACGGCUACAUUGGAGAAUUUGAAUACAUUGACGACCACAGAUCUGGCAAGAUCGUCGUUCAAUUGAACGGUAGAUUGAACAAGUGCGGUGUUAUCUCCCCUAGAUUCAACGUUAAGUUCAACGACAUUGAGAAAUGGACCGAGAACUUGCUACCUGCCAGACAGUUCGGUUACAUCAUCUUGACUACUUCUGCUGGUAUCAUGGACCAUGAAGAGGCCAGAAGAAAGCACGUCGCUGGUAAGAUCUUGGGUUUCGUGUACUAA